AUGGAUGUCGACAUAGGAAGCAACCGGCCAAACGGCCUACUCGAUGCGGUCGAGCACUUGGAAGCUGUUGCAUUUGUGCCCCCUAAGCAGAGAUACACAGAUGCCAGUCUACUAGCCAAAACCAUCGCUUCAAGCGCGUAUGAGAGCGGCAUUCCGCAACCCGUGCUGGCCCGUCUCCUGAAGAUUCUGACCACGAAGAAUAACCUAGACCAGGGCACUGCUACAACGCUGAUCAAAAACCUGUACCCCCAGGAGAGGAUCGCGUCUAAGAAUGUCACUCAAGUGGUCUGCUGCCUUGGGCCCAGCAAGAACAAACCGAGCCUCGCCACACAGGCUUUGCUAUUGCGCUGGCUAAUUCUUGCGUAUGACCUUUUCGAAGAUAGGACGCAUCUCGCCAAGCUUUAUGCUGUACUUUUCAAUUAUUUGGACAUGAUUAGUUUGCGGAAACCGCUGUGUCACCUUCUCUCACUCAUCACAAGACGAAAGCACGUCAAGCCAUUCCGCAUUCAAGCCUUGAUGGAGUUGAUACAUACUGCUGGUGGUGAAGAUAAAGAGCUUAUCAGCCUUCUGAGGAUUUUCAAGAAUUAUUACCCCGAGAUCAUUCUCGGUGAGUUCGGAGGAUCGAGAAGGAAUGCCCUCUUCUUCAAACACCCAGACCCGGAGUGGUCAAGCCAUGUGAAGGUGCUGCAAGAUCAGAAUAUGGAAAGAGUGCAGGCCGGCCAGGGAUCGAGUUUCCAAGUUGUUCAUCGAGGGACUGUGAAAAGAAGUAGGAUUGAAGUGGUCAUUCCGACUCUACAAACUUCACGGGUAUCUCAUAAGCACACGUCGCUGGAGGAGCUUCGUGAUAUUGGCCAUUUUGUCGACAAGCUUGACAAGAUCGAAUUACCAAAUCAGAUUAUCUCAACUCUGGGGGAUGCAAUGGCUCAGAAAUAUCUUCACCUGGUCCAAUCCGAACUUGCAAAUCAUCGUCUAAAUGAGUGGCUGAGAAGUUUCCUGGAGGAUAAGCUGGAAUUGCUACGUGAGGAUGAGGAUGAUGAACCCGAGACGUUAUCAUAUGUGUUGGGUUUUGUUGUGGGGUAUGCAUCCUAUAUCAAGGACCUCCCAUCCUCGAUACGUUCAUUCUUGAAGUCUUAUCUGGAAACGUGGAAUGGCAAGGAUAAUCGUGACCACGUCUUCCGGCUUCUCCAGUACAUUCCCAUUGAAUCUUUCGCGUCGCUUCGAAGUGAAUUAUGGUCACCAUUGGAGUCAGCUGUGUUGGACGAGAGUCUUCGUUCCAGAACAGCGUUGUUGGGUUUCUAUUCAGCCUUAAUCAACCAAUGGGGUGUGAAACUCCGAUCACAGUCAGACAAAACAGAAGAAUCGGUGUAUCUCAGUCAAAUCAUCGUACACGCCGAGCUCCUAGCCUCUUCGAUUCUGGAGUUCUCGGUGGAGGAUGAGGAUAAAAAGUCCAAGCCAGCUACAGUCUCUGUGCUCGACUUCUACAAAACCCUUUCAGAACUCUUUUCUCAUGCACCACAAGACGCCCGAUUCCGCAUCACACUUCCGUACGCGCAAACCGUGUACACACUCGCCUUCACGCCUAGCAUCGCCGUGCUCUCAACCCUCAACUCCAUAUUGGCCGUCUACAAAUCUGCAUUCGAGGCCUCUCUGAGUUCACAAGUUCUCCAAGCACAAAACUCCCCGGCUUAUGGAACAGAUCUCGUUGGUCGGUUCAACGGAUAUGUCAUGGACAUGUGCAAUGUGCUAUGGCGCAACCGUGCACUUAACACCGAAGACCCGAAUGCGCUAGGCUGUCUCGUCCCAGCACCGACUACCACUGCGUUGACAAACUAUAUCAAGGGCCUGUCCGAAGCAUCCAAACACUAUGACCGCGAAAGCGCUUUCCACAUUAAUCUUACAUCUAUAUUCUCUCUUAGUCACCACGCUGCAAUUUGCAACCUGUCUGCAGCUUGCUUUGCGGAUCUGGAAGAGGACCAGCAAGUUGCGGAUGACCGCCCGAAAUUCAGAAAGCCAGUCACCCAGAAAGCGCUACAGGCGCUGGAGAGGGAUGGCGGUGCUAAGAUUACAUGGCAGGAGUACCGUGUGCAUAUGCUGGACUGGUUGGAUGCGAUUGGGUGCCGGGGUACUGGCGUUCUGAUGAGAAGCACAAUGAAGGCUUUGCGCAAAGAGUAA